GUGUGCAAGUCGAAAUGAAAUUGAAUGUUCAAUCUCUAGGGCAGUGGUUUCAGUGCGCAGGAAUGAAAACUCUAAGAUACGCUCUCGGGUUUUUAUUAGUUUUAUUAGGAUUUUGUUCAUGUGAUGUUAUUAAACUUAACUCAACAAAUUGGAAACAAAUGCUGGAAGGCGAAUGGUUUGUAAAAUUCCACGCGCCAUGGUGUCCAGCUUGUCGACAAUUUUCCCCAAUUUGGGAACAGCUUGCUCAGGAUACGUCUACCAAUUCUUUAAUCGCAGAAGUUGAUGUAACAGAAAGUCCUGUUCUUAGUUUCAUAUUUUUCGUCAAGAGACUUCCAACUCUUUACCAUGUAAAAGAUGGAGAGUUCAGAGUGUAUGAUGGUUUAAGAACUUUCGAUGAACUUAAAGUUUAUUUAAAAUCUCAAAAAUAUACAAGUGAAACACCUCUACCAUGGUAUUAUUCACCAGCAUCAAUUCAUAUGCAGUUUUUCAUACGUUUCAUGGAUCUCGGCAUCUUGAUCACGAAUAUUCAUCAGUCAAUUUUAGAUGCUGGUUAUCGUCCAUGGAUGUCAUUUUUAAUUAUUGGCUUAUCGACUGUCUUUUCCGGUCUAUUCAUUGGUUUAAUACUUGUAUUAAUCUUUGAUUGUUUCUUUCCACCACGGCCGCAAAUUUUACGAUUGAUUAAAAAAUCCGAGUCGAAGAAAGAAACUGAAUCUGAAGUAAUCGAGAAGCCAGCGUCUAACAGCAGUCAUGCAGUAGACGGAUCCGGUGAACACGAAGAUACUGAAACCACUGAACUUCGUCAAAGGAAGGUGGUGGAUGGUGAAUCAUCAGAGUGUAACUCAUGAUUUAUUGUGCUAUAUGGAGUUAUUAGUCCUCGUUUUUUUAAAAAAAAAAAUUAAUGUCACAGUUUCUUUAUAUGCAUUACCUUACCACCCUUUUGUGAACUCCCUCCUUCAGAAAGUUGUUACAGUUUCUCCUUUUCGCUGUUUUGUUAUCCAACAAGAUUAAAAAAAUUUCA